AUGCGUCGUGAGCUCCGUGCUGAGGUCCAAAGCUACAGCAUCUGCAUCACCGCAUGCACUCGCGCAGCCGCCCCCACGAAAGGUCGAGAGCUUUUCGACGAACUGCAACGACUGUUUCAACCGGAUCUUGUCGCAUUCGCCGCUGCAAUCAGCGCUGAAGCUUCAGCUGGUCACUGGCAGCAGGCGCUUGCACUCUUCCAGGAGAUGACCAUGCGGAAGUUGGUGCCAAAUGUGGUGGUGCACUCGGCAGUCAUCACGGCAAUGGAGAAUUCAGCGCAAUGGAAGCUUGCGUUGGCCAUGCUGGCAGAGAUGUGCACCUCAGGGCCCCAGCCAAACGUGGUGAGCUUCAGCGCGGCUAUCAGUGCUUGUGAGAAGCGCGGGCGAUGGAAACCAGCCCUGGAAUUGUUUGACACCAUGCAGGAAGUAUCGGUGCAGCCGAACACGAUCACGCGAAACAGUCUCACCGCCGCCUUGGUGAAAGAUGGUCAGUGGCAAAAGGCCUACAGGCUCAUCGCUACAAUUCCAGGUUUGAAGUGCCGGUCGAACAGCAUCUCACAUUGCUCGGCGAUUCUGGCCUGUGGACAGGGCGAUGAAUGGACGCGCGCUUUGUGCUCUUUCGCAUCUUUAGGGCAGCUGAGCUUGGGCCAAAGCCUCGUCUGCAACAACUCCGCAAUCACUGCUUGUGGCAAG